CAUCCCCGAUGAGGGAGCAGAUAACUCAGAAUUUGGUUCAUUUGGGGAGGCUGGACUUUUGUCUUGUACAGACAGGCCGGAACGAAUAUUCUAUUGAGCAUCAAUAUCUUUGUAUCACUACAUUUCGAAUCCUCCGUGAAGGACGAGGAACAGAAAUCAGAACCCUAAGUUCAUCUGUUUUUCAAGUCGACUUGAUGGGCAGUGGCCUUUUCGAAGUUAACUUCAGCUUUACACCAGAUUGUGAGGAUGUUGAACCAGAAGAAGACUACUGUCCGACUGCAUCAGUUAAAAGUAAAAGUGAAACUACCGGGAUGACAUCGGAGGACGAACUAAAUAAAGCAGAUCGGAGGUUGUAUGUUGCUACAGGCAGACAAGAGGACUUCUUUUCCAUUCCGACCAAAGUGGCAAUUCUUAGCUAGAUUUGAGGGCGUUCUGCGGCAUUACAUUAGUUUUGGGAGCAACUUGAUUGAUUGCUUUUUUAUAUUUAUUUGGGUGAUCAUUAGUCAAUUUAUUCACCUUUCGUUGGCUUGUAAUUGGUCCAAAGCACAACUUUUUGUAAUUUUUCUACUUGCAUGCCAUAUAUUCAAACGCCUGUUUCAAUUUUCAA